UGAGCUUCUUUGCCAAGAAUUCGUCUUUGAAACGAGAAAAAUGUCGACUCCGGUGCUGUUCAAGGUAAAUACGAAGAAAAGUAAGAAGGAACCAUGUCGGAUAUGCAAUACCAAAACACGUCCUUGCAUUGAUAUGAUGAAAAACAAGGAGUUACUCGAAACGGUGAAUGCUGCUUUAGGUCUUGUGGUUUCCAGCGAUUCAAGACUCUCGAAAUCCGUUUGCGUGGUCUGCAUGAGCCUCGUGCGUCUCUUUGAGGAAUUCAAGAAGGUCUGUUAUGACAAUCAGAAUGAUUUGUGGAUCAAAGAACAGCAUUUAGUGAAGGAUCGUGGCUCGGAAGUGGUCGAUUUGUUGCUGCGAGCAAAAAAUACUGCGAUUCCGGGACAUCAGGAUACCCCAAAGAGCUCCGUUGUGGUCGAACCAGACCUGAAUUACAUUCCGGCGAUGAAAAAAGAGCGAUAUGAAGCCGUUAUUGAAGAAGAAACGGUACCAGAUGCCGGUGAAAUGAAUGAAAUUUACUUAGAAAACGAAAUGAUCGAAGAACAUCUCGAAGACCCGUCGAAUAUUGAAACUGAGAAUCUCACAAUUCGGUUCAUGUGUCAGCAAGUGAACUGCGAUCGAAUUUUUGACACGAAAGAGGAGUUGGAAAAACAUCAAAUUACGCAUAAAUUGGUAAGAGUAAGGACAAAGCCGUAUAAUAGUGUGUCCCGAAGACGGAAUCAAACUCUCAAACAAGACGCUUAUUCGUGCCAAGUUUGCAUGAAAGUAUUUGAUGACAUCGCGGGACUCGUACAACACCGAAAACUCAAUCAUUUAUCGAAAAAAUGCGGAUUUUGUGGUUUGGCGAUGCCAACUGAGACGUUUGUCGCUCAUCAAGGUCAAUGCAGGCGAGAGCACGCGAAGAAAGCGGGACUCUUGGAGCUCAAUAAGAAAGGAGGCACGUUAAAGGAACUCCCGCUGUUGCCACCGGACACGCCAUUGUACAAAUGUGGAAGGUGCGGAGCGAAAUUCAAGACGGUCGAUACUUACAAAAAGCAUUCGAAGGAGUGUGCUCGACGCGAUAGUUGAAGAAAAGUGUUAAUAAAUGUUUUUAGAAGUGAA